AUGGCAGGGGAAGCAUUCAGAUACCGAACAAUCCUCGAAGUCGCCAUCAUCGCCGUGGUCAUCUACGUCUUGGUCGGAACGCCUGGCUUUUCCACGACGACCAACAGCAAGAGCCUACCUUCCCAGCAGCACGAAGUUCCCGUAGCCAAGGCAAAGAUCGAGCAACUGGUCUACCCAUCAAAGGACCUCAAAUGUCCGCGGCACGAUUACAAUGUCCAUGUUUUCGCGACGAGUCCUCUGGUGCUGUAUAUCGAUGGCUUUCUCUCCGAUGAAGAGGUGGACCACCUCAUCGUUUCCAGCAACGAUAAAUGGAAAGUCUCCACCGUGAGUAAUGAAGGCAGGGAGAUGGUCGACGACAGCGUGCGGAAGUCUGAAAAAGCCGCCAUCCCUCGCGACAAUAUCGUCCAAUGUAUCGAGGCACGCGCUUUAUCAUUCCAAGGCUGGCCGCAGGAGACCUUCAUCGAGCGGCUCUGGACGCAGCGGUAUAACGUCAGCGGACACUACGCAUUACACUACGACUGGGGCAUGGCGACGAAACAAUCCCGCCGCGUGAGUUCGUUCAUGGUGUAUCUCAAAGGAGACUGCGAAGGGGGCGGGACGAAUUUCCCUCGUUUGCCGCUGCCCAAGGAGGAGAAGUGGUGUGAGUUUAUUGAGUGUGGUGGCGAGGAGGGUGUUGAGGGCGUGACGUUUAAGCCUAGGAGUGGGAGUGCGGUGUUUUGGAUGAAUUUUGAUGCUGAGGGGAGGGGGUAUAAGGAGACGAUUCAUGCGGGGAUGCCGGUGCGGAGUGGACAGAAGAUUGGGUUGAAUAUUUGGUCGUGGUAUCAGGCCGGUCAUAAGAUUCCUGAUGAGCGGUAA